AUGUCCAAGCCUGUGCUCUUUGGGCGAAUAGCUAACUGGUCAGUUCUCUUUUUUGAGUUUGAAAUAAAAUUUGUGCCACAAAAGGCUAUCAAAGGGCAAGCUCUUGCUAAUUUCUUGGUUGCUCGUCCUACUCCCGACAACAUGGAGUUACCUGCUCAUUUGCCAGAAGAAGAGGUAUUCACAACAGAAGCACUUACAUGGCAAUUAUAUUUUGAUGGGGCUGGAAGAAAAAAGGAGCUGGGGCAAGAUUAA